ACGGAGUCCAGUUGAAUGGCCCGAUUGAUACGACAGCAUCCUAAAGCACAGCUUUCCAUCGCGGAGGUUUGAGCAGAGCAGAGAGGCAGCGAGGUGCAGGGAGAUACAGCGAUAGACAAGAACACACCAGAGAUUAUACUUGAUGCCCCUCUCGGCGAGAUGGUUGAGUCCACAUCAAGGUUGCUGCCGCUGCUGUGCUCUCCUAAAAUCCACUGUUCACUUUUAGCUUCGUUCUCAGCGUCUUGCAUAGCACUACGGAUUGCUGUCUCUGGCUGAAAAGGAAUUACUUCCCAACCUAAAUACACGUUUAGUUGUAAAUAUGAAAACUGUGCAUAGAGACGGAUACUACGCGGGAUCUAUCGAACUAUCUGACAUGAUCAAUAGAAGAAGCGUUAAAUGCUGCCGGACGGAUUUAGUUCAAUCUAGAACCAUGAGGAUUAGAACUGGAAUUAUAUUCUGGAAUCUCAUGUUUUCAAUGAUGUUCUCGUGUGUGAAAGGGUUCAUAAAUACGUGUGGAGGGACGUUAAAAGGACAGAACGGUACCAUAGAAAGCCCAGGUUUCCCGUACGGAUAUCCCAACGGUGCCAACUGUACCUGGGUCAUCGUAGCGGAACAAAUGAACAGGAUUCACAUCGUUUUUCAAUCUUUCGCCGUGGAAGAGGAGUACGAUUUUUUAUCUUUGUAUGAUGGACACCCACAUCCGGCACACUUCCGGACGAGGUUAACAGGAUUUCAGAUCCCACCUCCCGUCACCAGCACAGGGUCCAUAUUUUCACUACGGCUUACCAGUGACUUUGCAGUAAGCGCUCAUGGAUUUAAGAUGGCUUAUGAAGAGUUAAGGAGCAGCGCCUGUGGGAACCCUGGUGUUCCACCUAAAGGCAUCCUAAACGGAACACAGUUCAACAUCGGGAACACGAUCCGCUACAGGUGUGUGACGGGCUACGUGUUGGACGGUCACCCCCUCCUUACCUGUGUCCUCAACACAGGCAAUAUGGCCGUCUGGGACUUCCCUGUCCCCAUCUGCAGAGCCUGUGGGCAUCAUGUGUGUCGUGAUCCAACAUCCAUUGCCAUUAAACAGUCAUCACUGGCCCUCGCUCAGCCUUUACUCACCAAGGGCCCAGCGCUCAGCCUUUACUCACCAAGGGCCCAGCGCUCAGCCUUUACUCACCAAGGGCCCAGCGCUCAGCCUUUACUCACCAAGGGCCCAGCGCUCAGCCUUUACUCACCAAGGGCCCAGCGCUCAGCCUUUACUCACCAAGGGCCCAGCGCCCAGCCUUUACUCACCAAGGGCCCAGCGCUCAGCCUUUACUCACCAAGGGCCCAGCGCCCAGCCUUUACUCACCAAGGGCCCAGCGCUCAGCCUUUACUCACCAAGGGCCCAGCGCUCAGCCUUUACUCACCAAGGGCCCAGCGCUCAGCCUUUACUCACCAAGGGCCCAGCGCUCAGCCUUUACUCACCAAGGGCCCAGCGCUCAGCCUUUACUCACCAAGGGCCCAGCGCCCAGCCUUUACUCACCAAGGGCCCAGCGCUCAGCCUUUACUCACCAAGGGCCCAGCGCUCAGCCUUUACUCACCAAGGGCCCAGCGCUCAGCCUUUACUCACCAAGGGCCCAGCGCUCAGCCUUUACUCACCAAGGGCCCAGCGCUCAGCCUUUACUCACCAAGGGCCCAGCGCUCAGCCUUUACUCACCAAGGGCCCAGCGCCCAGCCUCCUUACUAG